GACCUUAAGAUGAUGAACAAAAUCGACCGGCUAUCCGAAUUACCCGACCCUAUUCUAGACCACAUUCUAUCCUUCAUUCCCACGAAACAAAUACUUCAACUUAGUAUUUUGUCCAAGAGAUGGCAAAACGUGUGGACUUUGCUCCCCAUUCCAGAAUUUGAGCAACAUCUCUUUACUAAUAAUUUGCGCAAGGUUCCACCCAACGAGAAACAAGAGGAAUUCCAGAGAAAGAAACAAGAGUUCAAAAAUUUUGUGGAGAGAUAUUUACUAGGCCAUUAUAGGCAAAGACUAAGUAUAAACAAGUUUAGGCUUCACAUGAUGUUGGAUGAUGAAUCAGAUUGUGCUCUUCUGAAUCGUUGGAUUGACUAUGCAAUUGAUUGCAAUCUAAAAGAGUUUAUUCUUCACGUAUGGAUAGAUCAAAAGAGCUAUGAGUUGCCUACGAAGGAGUAUGAGUUGCCUGAGAGGGUUUUCGUAGCAAAGUCCAUAACUGAGCUGAAAUUGUGCAGGUGCAAGUUGAAGUCUUUUUACAGUGAUAUUAACUUACCCUCUUUGAAAAAGUUGGUUUUGGGAAUAAAUGUGGAGGACCAAAUUGUCCAAGAUCUAAUUGCUGGUUGUCGUGAUAUAGAAGAGAUGACAUUUGAAUGUUGUUAUGGGUUGAAAAGUCUACAGGUGUCAGGUCUUCCUAAACUCAAAGCCAUUGAGCUAGUAGAAAAUCAAGAACUUGAGAUUGUAGAGAUAGAAGCAUCGAAUCUUGAAUCUUUAGUUUUCAAGCUUAGGAGACCAUGCCAAAUCAACCUAGGCCGGUGCGAAAAUCUAAAGAAGUUAUUAUUAUAUUCAUGCAGCAUUACUGACAAAUGGUUGCAUGACGUUCUUUCUAAGCAUCCACUCAUUGACUGCUUGGACCUACGACGUUGUAGUAUGUUGAAAAGGAUUAAAAUUGCAAGUCAUCGCAUGAGAAGUUUGGCUUUUAUUAGUUGCUCCGAGUUGGUUGAAAUUGAUAUUGUUACUCCUAAUUUACAUAGACUCGAGUAUGAUGGUUAUUUUAUAUCCUUCUCUUCGAAUACUUCGAGUCUAUCAGAAGUUAGUAUCAGAUUUACGGACGAGGAUGUUUCGGAUGUUGAGAAGAUUGAAUUCCUUGCAAAUUUGAGUCAUCCGAAAUUAUUAAAUUGGGAAACUUUCAAUAUCGAGAGUGUGAUUAUUGCAAAGGAAUUGAGAGAAAACCUACCGUCCCCAUUAUAUAAUGUUAAGCAAUUGAAGCUGGAAGCAUAUUCUUCAUCUACAAGACAAAUCCACGAACUUGUGGAUGCCUUGUUGUGGAUUUGUCCUCUUCUACAGAUUCUCUUUAUAGAAUGGCGGUACGGGAAGACAAUUGACAAUAUAUCAUUCAAGUUCUCAUACGGAAAUCUUGUUGACAAAUUGAAAGAUCCCAGUUGUUGCAAACUUAUUCUAAUUCUUUGUUGGCGUCAUUGCCUAAAGGCUAUCAAGAUUGAAAAUUUAAGAGGGUCUAUAGAAGAAGAUACUCUAAAGAAGUAUUUUUCCGAUAAUGCAGAAAUAUUAGAGAGCUUCCAUUAUUUAAAAGGAUCUGCAUUGCCUGAAGUUUGA